AUGGCACUCCUGAAGUUCCUCUUCCUAGGCCUGCUGCCGUUCCUGUGCCUACCCGCCCCCUCCCUCUCAAGGCCGUCGCGAUUCGAUAACCUGGGAUCGAGGGGCAAGCCGACGGGCGCGCACCGCGCGUCCGAGAGCGGAAGGCACAUCAGAGCGACGCUGCAGUCUCGCAAGGUGAACAACGUCACCGGCGGCGCGGUGUCCCUGUACUACAACAAGACGCGCGAGAAGGCCUCGCCCCGGUCGCCGCGGGAGCCGUUGGCCAGUUACGGCGCUGGGAUCGUGUAUAUGCUAGAACUCGCUCUCGGAACACCCGGCCAGAUAGUCUCGGCUAUCCUCGACACCGGGUCGUACGCGCUGCUCGUGGAUCCGAACUGCGACCAGGCGGCGGACCCAAAAGCUUGUCGGACGUACGGGUACUAUGACACCAAACAGUCGUCUACGGCCAGAAAUCUCAACGGUUGGUUUUCGGGCCAGUUCGGCACUGGGUAUAUGGAAGGGGUGUGGUUUAGCGACACAGCGUAUGUUGGGCUAGAUAACUUACCGCUUCCUAAUCUAAGAGUUGGGGUGAGCAAGUGGAGCGAGUAUAUCUGGGCCGGGGUGUUGGGUGUUUCGUAUGGCAAGGCCUGGAAUACUGGAUACCAAACCCUCCUGGAUCUCCUUGUCACGCAGAGCUAUAUCGAGGUGCCGAUUUUCGGCUUAGGUGUUGGAUACCAAGGUGGUGGGAGUCCAAGCGACAUAAUCUUCGGGGGGGUGGACAGAAAGAAAUUUCGGGGAUACCUGGAGCCAUUGGAAGUCUACCCGUACCCGGAUCAGCAGCUGAAGCUAUUUGGCCAAGUAGGCUAUCGGGUGAACCUAACAUCCUUAGGAGUGACCCCUCCCGGACGGAACGAAACAAUAUUAACAGACACCGAUUUCGAGCACAACGUGCUGAUCGACUCCGGGUCGACAUAUACGUAUCUCGGCGCAAACAUAGUCGCUACGAUCGCAAGCGCCCUGAAUGCGUAUAUAGACGAGAACGGGGUCUAUCGCGUAUCAUGCGACACCCGCAAUCUGGACGGCUCCGUGAACUUCGGGUUCAACUUCUAUAAUAUCAUCGUCAGGGUCAACUAUGCCGACUUUAUCGUCGACUUCGAGAGUUACUGCGCCCUCGGGGUCCAGCCUACGGAUAGCAAGAACCCGACGUGGGUGCUGGGGACGAGUUUUAUUCGAGCUGCAUAUCUUGUAUUCGAUCAGCUGAACGAUGCCGUCUGGAUUGCGCAAUACUUCCCGUGCGGCGAGAGCGAGAUCGCAGAUCUAACCAAGGACGCUGGUAGACAGCUGUGGUUAGAGGUCACGGGCUUGUGUUAA